AUGAGGUUAACAGCACUGUGCAUAUGUGGGACCCUGCUGGCCUUCUUGAGCCUCUCUUGGACCACAGCAGACACUGGUGAAGGAUUCCUCCAGGGGGAUAAAGGAUUUGGGCCCUGCGCUGCAACUCUGAGACCUGCAGUGCCGUGCAGACAGGGGCAGGAUGACAGCAUGUGCCCCUACCUAUUCAGUCUGCCUCCGCUGACUGUCCAUUUGCCAAAGCAGCUCAGAGAGCUGGAGAAGAUCAUGAAGGAUCUGCAGAAGCUGAAGGACAAUGUGGACCAACUGAGGGAACUGUGUGCAGACUGUAAAAACUUAUACACAACUGCAUUCCCUGGAGCCAAAAACCGUAGCCCUUGGCCAUCUCAAAGCUCAGACACAAAGACUGGUGUGAAAUCUCCACCGAGCCGAGCACCAAAGCCAGCUGAAGUGAGUCACUUUCCAGAGAACACAGAAUUCAGUCUCAGCACGAUGAAAACUAUCAGUCUGGAUUCAAAGACCCCUAACAGCCUGGAAGCUGAUCCCUUGCCUCACCUUCACGUUCUCCCUGAGGCCUUUACAAUGAGCCCAGACAGCAGGAUCACCUCUGAUCUGAGGCCACAAACAGCCAGUCAACCAUCAUCAUCGAUCCCAAUGACAACCAGGCCAAACAAAGCCAUCCGUGGAAUCCUCCCAAGUGAAAUCCCUAGCGCCAGUCCAGGAUCCACAAAGCCAAAUCCCACUUCUAAAGGUGACUCCGGCUUACGAGCUAAGAUACUUCACAAUAUAGGAAAAAAAGCACCCAGUAAGACAACUAUUCUUUCUCCCAAUGCUCAACUCAUCCCCACAGUUAGCUCUGACUUCAAGUCAACAGACCCGGCCACCUCUGGCCCCGAGGCCCCAGCUGUUGAGUCCUCCACAUCCAGUGCACGUGAGCUGCGUGUGAAAAUCCAACAGGUGCCUGCUUUCCCCUAUAACAGUCCGAAAGGAAGACCAUUGGACAGGCAUCCAAAAGAGCAUCUGGAGGACAACCAGGGAGGCAACAAAUCCCCAACACGGAUACCAUCUGAAGUUACCGUGGCAAGAGACUGCUCUGACCUGCUGCUGUUGGGAGAGACUAAAAGUGGAGUCUAUCAGGUGACUCCAGACGGCAGAAGCCUCUCGGUUUUCUGUGACAUGGAGCAGCAUGGUGGAGGAUGGACUGUCCUGCAGAACCGACAGGACGGCAGUGUGAGCUUCAACCGCACCUGGGCGCAAUACCGAGCAGGCUUCGGUGAGCUGGAUGGUGAGUUUUGGCUGGGCAACGACAUCAUCCACCUGCUGACCCGGGACAGGGAAAUGAUGUUGUUUGUGGAGCUGGUGGACUUUGAAGGAGGAAUGGGGUAUGCACAGUAUGACCACUUCAGGGUGUCAAGUGAGCGGUUGCGGUACAAGCUGUCAGUAAGAGGUUACUCUGGCACUGCAGGUGAUUCAUUUACCUACAGCAGAAGUUAUGAUCACAACAACAGGUGGUUCACCACCCCGGACAGAGACCAUGACCGCUAUCCAUCAGGGAACUGCGGGGCCUACUACAGCUCCGGCUGGUGGUUUGAUGCAUGCAUGGCUGCAAACCUUAACGGGAGAUACUAUACAGGAAGAUACAAAGGGAUCCGGGAUGGGAUUUUCUGGGGGACGUGGCACAACAUAUCGACAGAGUAUUACCCCACCAACGACAGACAGUCCUUUAAAAGUGUCAGGAUGAUGAUCAGACCAAAGGGCUUCACACCAUGA